UGCGAAGUUAGUAAGUCGUGUGCGCCAAAUCCAUUGAUUAAGAAGGCCGAGAUAAAAUGUAUUGCCUUAUUGUUUGCCACGCAAUUUUUCGAAUAGAAAAAACAGACCACGAAUAAAGCUGUAAAACAGCAAGUGAUGGGAAGAUGGUGAAGGAGCACUUUUGCAACUGGUAUGGGUUCUCAAACGCUGGAAAUUUUGAGACAAGGCGUCUGGGCGAGCCUGACAGGAGGCUGGUUUUACGAUCCCCAUCUCGACGUUUUUUCAAAUACCUUUCACUUGUACAUUUGGCUUUUCUUACUUUGCUUACCAUUUGCCAUAUAUCUUUAUUUUCCACCAACAUUAUAUGUUUGGAUAGCAUAUUGUUCUUCAAUUGGAGCACUUUUUGGUACAAUAAAAUGUGUUAAUCAUGCACUCCAUUGCAUGUAUGAUACGAGUGAAUGUUUAGAGGAAUCCGGUCAAAAUAUUAACCAACAAAAAUCAGAAAGUGAAAAAAGACGCACAGUGCAUAAUAAAUGCAGGGAACAAACACAAGAUCAAGUAGAUCACGGAAUAGAACUACAAGUCUUAAGUGGAAAAACAGAUACACCACCUGUAGAAUGUUCAUCACGUAACUCUUUUAUUGAAUCAAAUGUGCAAAAUGAAGAUGCAGAUAGUAUAAUAUCUGAAUAUACACGUUAUAAGGCUAGUUCAACUAUAGAUUUGAAGGUAGAAAUUCACAGAAAAAAUAGCUCAGAAAGUUCAGAAGAAGCGCAACAGCUGAAUAAACCAAUGGUAUCUAGUAUAAAUAUACAUGAAGCAGAAUUAUCUUCUGCACAAUAUCAUGAACCAUGUUUUCGAAAUAUAUUAAAUGAAAGAAGGUUGAAAAGACUGAAAUGUGUUGUAAUUACUGAAGAGGAUCGACAAGGUUCAAGAAAAUUAUAUAGACAUGUAUCUGAAGAUUCGCCAAAUCGUCAUUCCAAACAGGGUAGUCUUGGUAAAACAGGUUCUGAAAGUCAGAUAAAACAAACAAGUUCAUUAGAACUGGAACACCAUGGAGAUGAUUAUCCUUACUGGAAAUCAAACCAAAGUGUUCGACGUCUUAAUUCUAAUUCGAUUCCAAUGGAAACACAUUUAAUGAAUGACCAUCCACAAAGUUUAGAAAUUAUAUCAAAAAAGGAAGAUACUGAAAAAAAUAAAAUUUCGUCACAUCCACAAUCUUUAGAGGUUAUUACAAAAAAACCACAUCAACAACUUAUUCAUCCUCAAAGUCUUGAAACAAUUGGUGCUACUAAUAAAAAUAUAAACACUACUGAUGACAAUAACUUACCUCUUCAUCCACAAAGUCUUGAAACAAUUAAUACUAAAAAGGUAUUACCACAAAAUACAUUAAAAAAAAAUCAAUUACAAUUAUUACCAUAUCUUAGUUAUGGAUCAGAAAUAGUACAUCCUAUAGCAGAACAAAGUGACGAACAAUUUGCUAAUGAAAGUUCUGGAGGAUUUAGUCUUCAGGACUCGUAUAGUCCAUUACUUACUCGAAAGACUUGUGAAACUAAUCCUACUUCUAAUCGGGACAGAAGUCUUAGUACUAGCCGAUUUGAAGAUAGAUUUUCAAGACGUAAUGAAGAUGGUGGUGUAGAUAAUGAUUCUGCUAAUUCUCGUGAUGCAUUAAUUGAAGAACCAAAGCCUGUUAUUAAAAGAAGAUACAGUAAUGCUAGCCAAAGCAGCCAUGAAUUUUCAGAUUUAGAAAAUUUGUUCAAAGAUAAGCAAGAUAAGUCGAAAAAUAUAGAUGAUCCUUUGAAUGUUGGAAGUAUAGUUGGAAUAGAUCAAUUAUUUGAAGGUGGUGAUUGCACAAUAGAAUCACGAACAAAUAAAGGAUCGCAUAAUAAAGAACCAGAUUCUGGUUCAUCUAAUAUGAUGCCUUUUGAAUAUACAACAUAUUCAUCGAAUAUGGAAAAUGAGGUAAAAAGAAUGUUACUUCCACAAGUAGAAACAGAUAAUAAACGACAUCAAGGUGCAAUACCCAAACAAAACCGUCCAAAACCUGCAAUAGAAACCAUAGAUGAUAAUAUAACAACUACUGAACCAACUCGACAAAAAUUAAAACGGACACUAGCAAUCAAAAGAGAAAAGGACAGAAGAAGAGAUGGAAGAUUUGAUAGAUUUGAGCAAACUAGCGGUUCAAACAAUGAGUUAAGUACACUUAGUCUUGCAUCUUCCUUAUUAGCUACAUUAUUAACAUCUGGCCGAGAAUUACCAGGUCAAUCUAGUACUGUGUCCGAUUUAAGAUUAAAUCGCAAUUCAGAAAACCGAAAUUCACGAAAAAGACGUAGUCCUUUAAAAUGUUCGAUUAGACCUCAUCGUGUACCACGAGACAGAAAUCGAGAUGAUAAUAUUGUUCCACUUACUGCUUUAUUUAGAUUGAUAUCAAAUGAAGAAUGUCAUUUAAUUACUAAUCACAAUGAUACUACAGAAGCAGCUGUACCUUAUUUUCGAGAUGAAAAUGGACGUUGGUUAGCUUAUACCUUUGAUGAAAAAGGAUCUGGUGUUGCUGCAGCUGCGCAAAUUCCUUCCAACAAUAAUGAUAAAUUAUUAAAUACGUUGUUACGUCAACAACUUAAUCAAAAUUUACAUUACGAUGCCAACUGGGAGUUAAUAGACUCCUUAAGUAGCAGUUAUAGUAGUUUAUCUUUGAAUUCUCCUGACUUGAGUGUUAUAAUAGACACACCACCUGUUUUAUCAAGUCCAGAAAGCAAUCAAACCAAGGCACAAAAUUCAUUGUCAUCAAAUCCAGUGGAAACCUCAGAACGUGAUCAAUUUCAUCAAAAUAAUGGGAAUUCUAUUCAAUGUGAACUUGAAACCUUGGAAAGAGAUCAGUUCCAUCAAGACAUAUUAUCACGUAUAGAAUCAAUGACAGAAACAAAUCAAAGAUUGCGAAAUUUAUUGGGAUAUUUCAAUUUAAACAUUUAUUCAACAGAUUCAAAUCGCCGAGACAGGCCUGCUUUAACUUUACAAACAAGUGCAGUAGGUGAUAUAAAUACAAGUUUAUCUUGGAAUCGAUUUAUUGGUGGUUUAGACGGAUCUGAUUCUAAACCUAAACAAUCAAGACAAGAUAAACAAUAUUAUUAUAAAUGGAAAUUUGGCAAAUUACCGCAUAUCAAAAUGCGAUUCGAUCGUUUAUUUUUGUUGGCCUUACUAGAUCGAAAUUUGACAAUAUUUGAAACUAUUAUUUCUACGUUUCUAGCCGUUACUGUUGCAGGAUUAGGUCUUGUAUUGCUCCAACAAGGAUUUUAUCGAGAUAUAUUUGCUUUCAUGUUUUGUUUCGUAACUUCUGGAUGUCAAUAUUCAUUAUUAAAAUCUGUUCAGCCUGAUGCUGCUUCUCCAACACAUGGAUUUAAUCGUAUUAUAGUAUUUUCUCGACCGGUAUAUUAUAUAUUGUGUUCAGGAUUUAUAUUAAUCUUUAAUGAAUCUUUGAGAAAUUUUAAAACAUCGGAAUUUCGAAUAUAUGGUAUGCGAAUUGCCGAUUACGAUGUUAUAUUACAAAUUCGUAAUGCUUUAUUAAUUUUUCUUUUAUGUUUUCCUAUUAUAUUUUCAUUGGGUUUACUUCCUCAAAUUAAUACUUUUCUAAUGUAUCUUUGUGAACAUAUUGAUAUCCACUUAUUUGGUGGAAAUGCAACUACAAGUUUAAUCUCUUCAAUAUAUUCUCUUUGUCGUAGCAUUGUUACUGUUGUUAUAUUGUAUGGCUUUGCUUAUGGAGCACUUACAGAGCCUAAAUCUUCACAACAUAUUUUGUUCUCUAUUUUUGCGGGUUUAUUAGUUGCUAUAUCUUAUCAUUUAAGUAGAUCAUCCUCAGAUCCUACAGUAAUAUGGGAUAUAGUAAAAACAAAUUUGUGGCCACCAGAAAUUUAUACAGAAGAAAAAGAAGCCAAAAUCAUUGAAAAUACAUCUCGUAGAGAUAAUGUACCAACAACAUACAAAGAAGCAAAAAUUAGAACUUCUGGUAGAAAAAAACAUGUAAAAAUUAAAGUUGGUGAACAAAUGUCAGAUACAGAAUUGGUAGAUCCCUUACCUGAAAAAUUAAGGGCAACAGUGAAUGCAAGAUUAAAAAAUGAUUUAAUAGUGUGUGCAGUGAUAGGUACUUUAUCUUUUGGAAUCCAUUGUUCAACUGUAUUUACAGCCUUACAACCUGAACUGAAUCCAGUUUUAUGGGGUAUUGCAAGUUGCCUUGGAUUUUUACUACAUUAUAUUGUACCACAACUUCGAAAACAAUUACCAUGGUUAUGUUUAUCAAGACCAGUAUUACGUAGCCACGAACAUGCACAAUUUGAAGUUCGUGAACCUGUGAAAAUUAUGUGGUUUGAAAAGGCAUAUGUUUGCCUUUGCUUUUUAGAAAGAAACAUUCUCUAUCCAGUAGUGUUUUUAGGAGCACUCACAGAAUGUUCAUCAAAAAUUGUAUCUAAAUUUGGAGAAAGUGUGGGAGCAUUAAUCAUAGUUGUAUGUGGACUGAAAUCUUUAAGAUCUGCAUAUUCUGACCCAUCAACACGUUACCUAGUUCUAAUUUUUGCUGUUCUAUUUUUUAAACUAGAUUUUCGAAAUCUUAGUGAAACAUUUUUAGUAGACUAUUUUGUCAUAGGAAUAGCAUUUGCAAAAAUUUAUGAAUUAUUGUUAAAAAUACGAUUUGUAGUCACAUAUAUUGCACCUUGGCAAAUUACUUGGGGUAGUGCGUUUCACGCAUUCGCUCAGCCUUUCUCUGUUCCUCAUUCUGCUAUGUUGUUCCUGCAAGCAGGGAUUUCUGCACUUUUAAGUACUCCUUUAAAUCCCCUUUUGGGCAGUGCAAUAUUUAUAUCGUCAUAUGUACGUCCAGUGAAAUUUUGGGAACGAGACUAUAAAACAAGAAGAGUAGACCAUUCAAAUACACGAAUGUCUUCUCAUUUAGAACGAAAUCUAGGUGCGGACGAUAAUAAUUUGAAUUCGAUUUUUUAUGAACAAUUAACAAGAUCACUACAACACAGUCUUUAUGGAGAUCUUGCUCUUGGUCGUUGGGGAAAUGUAGAACAAGGUGAUUGUUUUCUAUUAGCAUCUGACUACUUGAACUGUUUGGUACAUAUUGUUCAAUUAGGAAAUGGCUUAGUAACCUUUCAAUUGAGAGGCCUUGAAUUUAGAGGAACUUAUUGUCAGCAAAGAGAAGUAGAAGCAAUUUCUGAAGAAAUUGAAGAUAAUGACAAUUGUUGUUGUUGUGAAAUGGGACAUUUUUCAAAUGUGCUAAGUGUAAAUGCAGCUUUUAGUCAACGCUGGUUAGCUUGGGAAGUUGCAAGUGCUAAGUACGUUUUAGAAGGAUACUCGAUCUCAGAUAAUUCAGCAGUUUCUAUGCUUCAAGUGUUUGAAUUUCGUAAAAUACUAGUUACUUAUUAUGUCAAAAGUAUUGUUUUUUAUGCUGUCAAAUCAUCAAAACUAAAAUAUUGGUUGGAGAAUAACGAUAUUUUAGAUGCCCUAAAAAUAACUCUUGAUAAAAAUUUCGUCGAUUUGGAUCCAGUUUUUAAUAUGAGUAUUCACGAGGAUUAUGAUAUCCGAACAUGUGGCAUUACAAGAAGCAGCUUUUGUAAUGUUUAUUUAGAUUGGAUACAAUAUUGUGUUACUAAACAAGACAAGACAUUAGACAAAUCAAAAAAUUCGUCAUUGGUAUCUUUAUGUCUUGCUCUAAGUCUUUUGGGACGACGUGUUUUGGGAGCAUUAUCUCAUAAUACUGUUUCCAGUGUCGAAUUCUUUUUGUAUGGCUUACAUGCUCUUUUUAAAGGUGAUUUCCGUAUAACAUCAGUUCGAGAUGAAUGGGUUUUACAUGAUGUUGACUUAUUACGGAGUGUCGUCGCGAAAGGUGUAAGAAUGGCAUUAAAACUACAUCAAGAUCAUUUUAUGACUCCAGAGCAAUAUGGCGAUUCGUCUGUUCUUUAUGAAGCUAUAGAUAGUCAUGAUAAAAAUCUCGUGAUUAGUCAUGAAGCAGAUCCACUUUGGAGGAACGCCGUUUUAAAUGGUGCACCUAGUCUUUUGGCUCUUAGACACAUACUUGAUGAAGGCAUUGAUGAAUAUAAGGUGAUAAUGCUUAAUAAACGUUUCUUAAGUUUCCGAGUGAUUAAAAUGAAUCGUGAAUGUGUUCGCGGUUUAUGGGCUGGGCAGCAACAAGAAUUAGUUUACUUGAGAAAUAGAAAUCCUGAACGCGGAUCUAUACAAAAUGCAAAACAAGCUCUUAGAAAUAUAAUAAAUAGUUCUUGCGAUCAACCGAUUGGAUACCCGAUUUAUGUCUCACCAUUAACAACUAGUUACGCAGAAACUAAUGAACAAUUAUGUUCCAUAAUUGGUGGACCUUUAAGUCUUGGUAUAAUUAAAAGUAAUGUCUUAAAAUUAUGGCAAAGAAUCAGACAAAGAUGUGGUCAAGGUUGUUCAUCAGGUGGAACAGGGUCUCAAGAUGAUGGAGGUUUUGGAAAUGAUGGAGUAUAUGCAAUGACUACAUAUAAUAUUCAUUUAGGUUAUGGGCAAUCAGCAGGUCAUAACACAUCUGGUUCACAAUCCAUAGAAUCUGGGUGUCAAAUUGGUGCAUCAACCGGACGUGGUUCUUUAGGAAGAGCAAAUACUGGAUCUUUAGGUGGAAAUAGAGGGUCCUUGGCUUCAGUUGGAAAACCUACGAGUUCGACACUUGCUAGUUUAGCUGGUCUUCUUAGUAAUAGCGAUAUUAAAACUGAAACUAAAAGUGAAACAAGUUUUACAAGUAAACUUGAGAAGGAUGAAGUUUUACAACGAGUACGUAUCAUAGAUCCUAAUCAAGUAUAUGAUGCUAUUAAUUUGGGUCGUCGCAUAGACGUAAUUUGGCCAGAUGAGAGGAUGAGACAACAAGGUGGUAGAUCUGGAUGGCAACAUUGGGUACCUGAAAGAGGUAUGGAAGGAUGCGUUGUUCAUUGUUGGUCCCCAAAUCAUCGCGAUCCUAAUCGGCGAUCUCACGUAGAUAAAGUUAUUUUACUUGUCAAAAUUGAUGAUAAAUAUGUUCCAAUAGCUGAACAAGGUGUACGAGAUUUAGGAGCAGAAGUAUGAUAAAGUAUUUUUUAAUUUUCUGUAAUAAUAUGUAUUAAGAUUUUCAUACAAUCACUUUUUUUUAAUCAUGCGUCAUAAAUAUUGAUAUGAAUGCAGUAAAAGUAAAUAACUCAUUCCAGUUAUAAAAUGAUAAAUACAAAAGAUUUUGAUGGAAGAUUAUUUUGGACAUUGUAGAUAUUAAAAAUCAACGAUUUUUAACACUAGUUUCUUAAUUCCAAUAUAUAAAUGGGAGAGAAAGAAAGCGGGAGGGAGAGGGAGCGAGCGAGAGAGAGAGAGAACGUGUGUGUUCGUGUGUGAGCAUGUUUAUGCAUAGCUACAGAAUACUCUUUAUUAUGUAAUUUUCCUAAAAUUUUCAUUCGCCAAAUAUUUUUUGUCU